AUGUCAGAAGAAGAUGAAAAGUUAAUGCCACCUCCUUCGCUACCUGUGAAGGCAACGAAUGGGAAUGAUAGUAGCAAAUUGAUGCCACCUCCACCGCCACCACCUGGAUUCUCUAAUCAGAAGAUUGGUGAUAGUAAUCUUAUGCCACCACCACCAUCAAUACCAACCAAACAACAACAACAACAACAACAACAGAAAGAGAAAGAACAACAACCAUUACCACCGAUGCCAGACUUGAUCUAUAAAGCACCUGAAUGGAGUUGUGAUCCUACGGUGAACUAUCAAUUGGAAGUCAUCAAGAGUGGAACGAUACUCGAGGUUUUAGAUAUCUUUACGAAGCAACAUUACUUGGUUGGAAGACUACCUAUUUGUGAUAUAAUGAUGGAUCAUCCUAGAUGUCCUCCUAACACUCAUAAUCCUCUGAGGAGUGGUGAUGUCCUUAGAUUUGGUGAAUCAACAAGAUUGUAUGUCAUAGUUGGUGGUCAAGUAAUGGAGAGUGACGAUAGAUUAGAAUUAGAGAAACAAAAACAGAAACAACAACAACAACAAGAUUCAACUACCACUGAUAAAUCAAAGGCAUUCAUUCAGCUGUUUACAUCAUCAUCAAAGAGAAAUACAGAUCAACAAAAAGAGAUUAGAGAGUUGAGAAAUCAUGGCUGGGGACAAGAUGAUAGAUAUGAUGCUAAAGAAGAGUAUGAUGACGAUGAUAAUAAUAAUAAUAGUAGUAAAGAUGAAUUAGAUAAUAAUGUAAAUAAUGCUAAGGUUGUGAAUGGUGAACAACAACAACAAGAUGAUGAUGAUUCAGACAUAGAGAAUGAUGAAUUCUAUAAUAGAACAGAUCAAUUAAAAGAUAAAUGGAUGAAAGAUAUAAAGAAUGAAAGUUAUCAGAGUAUAUUGGAGAGAAAGGAUUUGCUGUUAAAGGAGAAAGAUGAUAUUGUACAGAGAUUUAAAGAGGUUACUACACAACAAAAGAAAGACAACGAUAAACAACAAGAUGAUGAAGAUGAAUUGGAUAAGUUCAUGCAACAAAACGAUGAAUCAUUAAAGAAGACAACGCAACAAGAGCUAACCAGUAAGAUGAUAGAAACCGACAAAAAACUAGCAUACAUUGAACAGAUUUUAAGAAAGAUACCAGAGUAUAGAAAGAAAUUACAACAAGAGAAAUUACAACAACAACAACAACAAAAACAAAAACAGCAACAACAAGAUAAUAAUAAUAAUAAUAAUAGUAAUCAAAUAUCAACUUCAAUAACAUCUUCAAGUACAAUAUCAACAGAAGCAACACAAUCAACAACAACAACAAAAUUAGAUAUAUUUAAUAAUGGUCUUGAAGAAAAAGAAGAUAAACCAAGAGAAUUAAUAACAUUAAGUGAUGAUAUUCCACAAGAGUAUCUAUCGAAAUCACCUGUUGUUACUAGUAAAAAGAGAGUGGUUGACUCUACACCUAAUGAAACAGCAGCAGAAAGAUCAAAAAGAAUAAGAGAUGAUUUAAAACAAAAACAAGAAGAGGAAUUCGUUGAUUUAAUCGAACGUGAAAAUCAAAUGAAUCAACAAUCAAAUAAAUAUGGUUAUUAA